UUGCACCGGAACCGGAAGCGGCUCGAGGCGGCACAGACGGGAGCUUAGCAUAGAGGCAGCCGCGGCGCGAGGAAGGCAGGAGUGCAAAGGACCGAGGGGCCACCGCUACCAUGAGUCUCUUAAACAAGCCCAAGAGCGAGAUGACCCCUGAGGAGCUGCAGAAGCGGGAAGAGGAGGAGUUCAACACUGGGCCCCUGUCGGUGCUCACCCAGUCGGUGAAGAACAACACCCAGGUUCUCAUCAACUGCCGUAACAACAAGAAACUUCUGGGCCGGGUGAAGGCCUUUGACAGGCACUGCAACAUGGUCUUGGAGAACGUGAAGGAGAUGUGGACGGAGGUACCCAAAAGCGGCAAAGGCAAGAAAAAGUCGAAACCAGUGAACAAAGAUCGUUACAUUUCCAAGAUGUUCCUGAGGGGGGAUUCUGUCAUCGUGGUCCUCAGGAACCCGCUCAUUGCUGGCAAGUAGUAGAGCCAGAGCCUCCCUUCACACCCCAACCCUCAGCUCAGCCCAGUUAGGCUGAGGGGUCCACUUGUUUUACCUUUUGUGAAUAAAACCUUCCUGUUUUUUCUU